AAAAAUUUGGUUAACGAUUGAAAGUUGGUCUUUUACAGAUGCCCAGUAUCGCUGACCGAGCGACCAGCCAAACGUCUGCGGUCCGGAAUAAACUUUGAAACCCAAACAAAAACGGGAAAUAUGAUAAACUGUUUAAGAAAAGAAAAUAACAAGUUAUGAUAAAUAAACCUGAGACAUAAUGUAUGGUAUCGCAUGUGCCUUGCGCGUCGUUAUAAUUCAUGAGUGCAAGUUCAGUAGGCUGCAUGAAAGACAGAGACAAGCUUUUUGUUCUCCACUGUACGUGAGUACACGGUGGAUCACGCCCUCUUUGCGCGGCGAUCAAUAGGUGAGGAAUCGAACGCGACUAUUUACAUGGACGGGGAGGGUUGGUAAAUUUUAACAGUGCGUUGACAAGCCGUCAUUCAGAACAAGGCUAAUUCCAGAAGGUUAUAUUCUUAAAAUAGGAUUUAUUAUCCUUCUCUGCCUGUCUGAACGCCACUUGAGGGAGUUAGAUUUCUCGGGUAUUUGAUAACUUUUUUAGAUUGUUGAAAUUGUUUCUCCUAUUGUGUAUGCAUGAAGUUGUGAUGAAGUAAAGUCAAGGAUUCACAAAGUGGAGUGUAGGAUUUCAUCCGUGUGUUUUUUCCGUUUUUGAAAUGUGAUGAAAGACACAAGUUUACAAAUACAUUUGCCUAUGGAUUUUAUUGUCAAUGCUUUUUAUAAAGAGAAUGAAUCAAAGGAAGGACUCUGGGUAAUGGUUGCGAUGAGAGCUCGGAAGGACAUACACAUACCGGAAGUAAAACUAUUCAUUCCUGUCUAGAACCGGAAGCACAAUUGCUGCAGUUAAGUUUCACCUGGAAUGUUGAAAGUAAAUGAUAUGCACAGAAGCACGGAUCUUCUCAACAACACCCUCUCUAAUGGAUCAGCGCACGACAGCGAACUGGAACCUUCGGUGAACAUCUUUGUGGUAGUGUUGAAAGCGGUUGCCAUGACACUCAUCAUGGGGGCCGCCAUCGUAGGGAAUUCUCUAGUGAUAAUAAGUGUAAAAAAGUUCGAAAAACUUCGAGGAAGGGUAACCAAUUAUUUCAUAGUUUCCCUGGCCUUUGCCGACAUUGUUGUUGCAAUUUUGGUCAUGCCGUUCAAUGCAAGCCAAGAAAUCACGGGAAAAUGGUUGUUUGGAAGAGCCAUGUGUGACAUAUUUAAUUCUAAUGACGUCCUCUUUAGUACAGCAUCUAUACUGCACCUAUGCUGUAUCAGUGUUGACCGCUACAUUGCCAUCAACUAUCCGCUCCAAUACGAUUCGAAAAUGACAAAACGCUGCGCAUGCGCAAUGAUUCUUACAACAUGGGUCGCAUCGGUGCUUAUUUCGUAUAUUCCAAUCCAUGCUCAGUUUUACACUACAAACGAACAUUUUAAAUUGUUGGAACAAAACCCAGACUCGUGUACAUUUCAAGUGAAUAGAAUUUACGCUGUCGUCUCAUCAAGCGUUUCCUUUUGGAUCCCGUGUACCAUUAUGAUUUUUGUGUAUUUCAGAAUAUUCAUUACUGCGAGAAGACAAGAAAAACACAUCCGAACCACCAGUUUUUAUUCUUACAAGUACAUUGAAAAUGGGAAUUCGGACUCCCUACUCCCAGCCUCAACGAAAUCCGGCAAAGUCUCGGAACGAACGAGAUGGAAACGAGAACACAAAGCUGCGAAAACUUUAGGAGUUGUGAUGGGUGCAUUCAUUAUGUGUUUUUUACCUUUCUUUUCUUGGUAUUUAAUAACCAGUUUAUGCGCAGACGAUUGUCCCUAUCCACCGUUACUUGGAUCAAUCUUGUUUUGGAUUGGUUACCUAAAUUCCUGUUUAAAUCCAAUCAUAUAUGCAUAUUAUAACCUGGAGUUUCGGACUGCGUUCAAACGACUUUUACACAUGCGCAAUUUAGGUGGGUCUUUUCCUAGUAGUUCAUCAGCACGAAAUGGAUCUGAUGGGGAAAAUAACAAAGCUAAAUACAUUGUUGUUAACAAGGAGUCAAUGUUGACAAAUGUUUAAUUAAAUUAUUGUUUUUAAAGUUAAAAUGGUAUUCACAAAAACAUUGAAUAGAUCUCAGGAAUAGCCUGGUGUUUGAUAGAAAAAGUUAGCUACCUUUGAUUAAAAUUUAGCCAUCGGGAAACCAACAUCUAUUUGUUCUAGAUGAAAAAUAAAUAUCAUUGAUGACUGUGUCGAAAUCCAUCUAAUAAAUAGAAAAAUGUGAUGACGUCAUGUGAUAUAUAUGUAUAUAUAUAUAUUUUUUUGCUUUGUUCCAAAGUAGUUUAUGAAACUACAUGUAUUAAUUUAAGGAACAUUAUUCGUAUUUUUCUGAUCCAUAAUCUUUAUAAAUUAUUUGUUCAUUGCAAAUGUAAUUACAUGAAUGUUCUAUUUAUUGAAAUGAAAUUGUUUUAAAUCAUAACUUUUAUACGUUUGCUUUAUCACUUUAUUUCCAAUAUAAAUUGUUGUUUUUUAAAUGAUUUUUGAGAAAACAUAAGAUUUAGGGUUUUACACCACACCUAUUAAAUAAUAUUUGAACCACUCUUUUUGUGAAUAAAAAACGACCGAGUUAAUGCCAAAUAAAGGCAAUGUUUUAAUAUUUAAUUCAGAAUAUAUAUCAUAAUUGUAAAAAUGUCUUCUACAGAAAUUAUUUGAGAAGAUGAUAGAAAAAGUGCAUACAUUAAAGGUCAGAAUAAGAGCAGAAAAAAAAUCUGAGGAAACAGAUGAUACAGAAUUGCUAAUCGACAUAACAGAUAUCCAGAAAAAAAUAUUAGGCUAUAUUCUGAGGAAUAUAGCACAUAGCUAAGAUAAAAGUUAGAUUGUUUAAUUUGAGAUGCUGAAUUAUUUUUAUAGUUUUUACACUUUCUUAAUGGCUCUCCAGGGUUAUCUCCCUUGGUUUCCAAGAUAAUCCGCGAUUUCUUCAUAGACCAGAUAUUCAGCAGCUCGUAAAAACAGACAGUAAAA